GGAGGCUGCCACGUCCAGUACUUCUGCAUGGCGGCUGUGCUGGUUGCGGGCGCGGGCGUGGUUGCCUUCACGAACAUGAUGCGCUCGGCCUUCCUGACGGCGAUGCACGCUGCAAGCUUUGUGCUGCUUACGGCGCUGUGCGUGAUCAGCGCGGCCAACCACCUUGCGCCGAGCGACGGCGGAGCGAGGGCGUACGCGGCUACGGUGCUGCUGCUGACGACUGUGCUGCUUGCGAUCACUGUGUACAGUGUCGUUGUGUGGUACGCGGAGGGCCGCCACUGGCAGGAGCUGCGCGAGCCGCGGCGUGGAGGGCUGGAGGCGCUGCUGCGCGAUGACGAGGACAGCGACGAAGAGACGCAGAAGCUCCACGACAGGACGUCAUCAUCGUACGCCUCAGGCACCACUGUUGCGUCGUCGUACCGACCACCCGCACCGCCGCGGCUCAUGAUUAGUGACACCCGCUCAGACGCCCUGAGUCUGUUCGACCGUGCAUCGGGUGCGAGCUGCAAAAUUGAUUGUGCCACGCCGGAGUUGUAA